CACGCACGACUAUUUUAACAAAGUUGAAAAAAAAUUAGGGUUUUUGUGGAAUAUAAAAGGGAUUCUGUUUGCUGCAAUCGGAUUCACUCCGCAGCUGCAGCACUCAAAACCCUAGAGAGGACGAGAGAGCGUGCAACCUUCGGCAACCACAGACCAUGACAUUCAAGCGCAGGAAUGGAGGUCGCAACAAACACGGCCGCGGCCAUGUCAAAUUCAUCCGAUGCUCCAACUGCGGAAAAUGCUGCCCCAAGGACAAGGCCAUCAAGAGGUUUUUGGUUAGGAACAUUGUUGAACAGGCUGCAGUCAGAGAUGUGCAGGAAGCUUGUGUCUAUGAACAAUAUACACUUCCAAAACUCUAUGUGAAGAUGCAGUACUGUGUUUCCUGUGCUAUCCACUCUCAUGUUGUGAGGGUUCGAUCCCGCACCGACAGGAGGAAGCGUGAGCCUCCACAGAGAUUCAUCAGGCGCAGGGAUGAUGCACCAAGACCUGGUCAGCCCGGUCAAGGACCUCGUCCUGCGGGCACAGCAGCAGCACCUGUCCGAACCUAAAAGCAAGUCCUAAGGAAUAAGCCUUGAUGUUAUGCUGGACCAAAUUUAUAAUAUAAACUUUUAUUUGUUGCUUAAUUUUGAACAUAUCAGUUUUGUGGAGGGUUAUUUUUUUCUUCUAAUUAUCAGCUUUAGUCUUGGAUGAUAUCUUUUUAGUUAUAAUUUGGCGGCUUUUAUGAAAAUGGAACUUGGUAUGUGAUAACUUUCAGCAAUUUCGAAAUGACAUCUCCCGAUUAUGUUUUCAUCGGAAUUGGUUU